GGCCUCCUUCGCCCUCCUUCCCGCGCUUAUUUCCUCAGCCCACCCGUCCCUCGCCCUCUCCUUGUUUGCGCCUCUCCUGCCUGCGCCUCCGCUGCUUCAGCACACUCUCGGGUCGACUCUUCCCAACACGCUAGUCGCUGCGGCAGAGACACAGCCCAGUCUACACCUCGACGCUCACCCAAAUCCACCGUGCUGUGUCCCGUGGUCAAGCAAGACUGCACCCCUUGACCAGACCCGCAUCCCAUCUCUCCUCUUUUACAACCUACUCUCUUUCUUCAUCGCAACUGCAGAUUGGAAACAAAAUAAAAAGUACCACUGCAAUAACGAAAACAAAACAGCAGUGCCGACACAGUAGCCAUGUCCAACGCGGUGACGCUACGCAUCACAAAGGAGCUGUCAGAGUUCGCAAAGAACCCUGAUCAUCAGCUUUUUCUCCAUUACGAUGAUUCAAACAUUAUGAACAUCAAGGCCAUGAUUACCGGCCCCCCUGAUACACCUGCACAGAGCGGUAUUCAACCAAGGUUCUCUCUCUAUUGUUUGUUAUGGACUAUUAGGUAUUGCUUGGGGCAAUUCGAAUUCAGCUUGCAGUUUCCAAAGGACUAUCCGACCAAUCCACCCAAAGUUCUCGCCUUGACAACCAACCACGGUCGAACACGAUUUAACCCUAACAUCUAUGCAGGUGGAAAAGUAUGCCUCAGUAUCCUUGGCACGUGGAGAGGCAAUGCAGGAGAACAAUGGUCUUCGGCGCAUGGGAUCACAAGCAUCUUGUUAAGCAUUCAGUCACUUAUGAGCGAUAUGCCUUAUCGCAACGAACCAGGACAUGAUCUCGAGAAAGACCUCACCAAACUUGAGCCUUAUAACCAAAAGAUUCGUCAUGAGACAAUCCGUAUCUCAAUCUGCGACAGGCUUGAGAGGUUUCUCGGAAUCAACCAACCUCUCUAUUAUAACGGGCUGACGGACGCGUCAGCCCCUUCGUCAUCAUCCUCACCUUCAUCGCCUUUAAAUACAACGUCGUCCAGCAGUACACUUGUGACACCAGUCGGCACGCCCAACUCCUCCGGAACCCCAACGCUCUCCACCCCAGCUCUGUAUGAGCCGCUUACGCCGCUCUACUCGUCGAGUGUUUCCGCAAGCGAUGAAUUUUCGGAUUUGUCAAAGCGCCUCUUCCUGGCCUACUACGAUAUCUACCAGCACACUGUCCAGACAGAGUCUGCCAUUGUCAAGGACGGAACGCCCUUUUACAAGGCGCCUUUCGAGUUUGGAGGCAACAAGAUGGAUGGCACAUUCAACUAUGCAUCUUUGGCGAAGCGUCUGGAGGUUAUCAAGACUACUAUUGAAAAGGAGACCUCAGAGUGGAUUACGCAGUCAAGCCAGUGGAUCAGUACCUCGAGUCGGAUGUCAAGCAACCUCCGGCGACAGUUCGAGCAGAUCCGCGAGUACUAUCGUGAGAACAACACUGGAGGCGUUGAAGUGGAGCUGGUUGAUGACAAUCCAUUUGUCUGGACUUUCACGCUGUUCGGCAAGCCGAUGAGCAAUUACGACGGCGGCAUGUUCAGAGUUCAGAUGGUUUUCCAUGACUCCUUCCCUGAGAUCCAGCCGCGCGUCAAGUUCUUGACGCCCAUGUACCAUGUCCAUGUAACCUCUGAUGGGAUGCCAUUCUACAGCGUAGAUAAGCCCGACGAUGUGAGAUUCCAUAUGGAGGCAAUCAGCCGCCUUAUUCUCGAAGAUGAACCAUCAACCAACCCAUCGACACAUGUCAACUUACAGGCAGCCAAGCUUCACUUUGGAACAAAGGAACAGCGUCGGGAAUACAACAGAAAUGCGCGACGAUGCGCUAGUCGCUCGACCGACUAUUUCGAGUAAAAAUUCGACCAAGACAUUCCCAGAACGUGAAGGAAUCACAGGUCUGUCGGGCUACGCUAUUGUGUGCUGUUCUCUACCUUCCAUUAUCUACCGAUUCGUCUGUUAUUUGUAUAAAAGUCCCAAUCGAAUAUGACUACCGUGCGCUCGACUAUCCAAGGAGACUGUAUUUGCGUUUCCUAGUAGAGAGAGGGAGCAACCCUCAAUAAAUUUACUGAAUGGGCAGUUCACCUGUAAACAGAG